UACACGGCCGAACAUAUGUUGCGGCUUUUGUCAUUUUUCUUCUCUCGCUUUUUUACUCCGCGGCUCUCUCUCUCUCUCGCUCGCUCCCCGGUCGCGGCUCGCUUUUUUCCCUUGAUUUGUUUUAGUUCUCGAUCGCGUCACGUGACGGACGGUUCGCCGGUGCUGCUGGUGAGUGGUGCGCGGUUUCUGGUGUUUGUUUACUACCCGCGCGGUUUUCGCCUCGCGUUUGCGGAUGCUCCUGCUUUUGUGUCGCGGGUUCCCCGGAACGGAUCCGUAUCGACCGGGUCGUGGGACUUGUUAAUUAAGUGAUGCAACGUUCGCCGCCUAUUUUUCUCGUUGACAGCUCCCGUUCGGCCUGUUGCAUGCCGCGUUGACACCUGGUGUAGGUGCUUCCAAGGUAGUUUGCAACGUUUGAGUUCACGACCAAAUCAUGACGUCACCAAAGUGCGUUAACAUCUUUAAAGGAAGAAGACGUGCACGAUCAAAGAAAUCCACGUGUGUGUAACUCGAGCUUCGAAGAAGCAAAAAAACUUCCAACCACAUCCGAUCGUGAAAGUUCCGAAGUGGUUCAGCAAAGCUUAAUCCCACCUCCCGCAAUCUUGAUUCUGCGGUCAUCGAGGCCACGCGCCGAGCUCAGAAAGCUCCGCGGAUAAGUUCAAAAGCUCAUCAAACGGAGCGUCCUAAACGAUAGCGACAUCGUGUGCGAUUGCACCUGUGCUACCCUACUUAGACCGGAUCUCCUAAGUGUGUGUGCGUGAAUCGUCUCGGAUACCUCUUCGGAUUUAUUUGUGUGCGUGUGAACGUUUUGCUAACUGGCUGCGGUUUCUAUCUUUGAACCUCGGGAAAAGUCUGUACCUCAGACGGAAUUUCAAAGAUCACGAUGAGUAUAACACAGAUCACGUUGUUAUUUUCCAUUGAGGAGAGGUCUCUUUCAAAGGUCCAUUCAACAUUUCACGAGGCAACUUACCGUUUUGGAGUACCCCUUCGAAUAAGCUCAUGUGUGAGUGCGUAAAUCGCCCCGAAUACGUACUCAGAAGAGCUUUCUUGAUUACGGAUAGUAUCUUGUGAUACUCAUUUCUAUGGGAGUGCGUGAAUUAUCUGGCACACGUGCUUCGUAAGUGCGUAAAUCGUCUGGUACACGUACUUCGUGUGUGCGUAAAUCGUCUGGCACACGUACUUUCUGAGUGCGCAAAUCGUCUGGUACACGUGCUCCGUGAGUGCGUAAAUCGUCCGGUUCACGUACUUCGUGAGUACGGACUUGUGAUACUCAUCCGAAUGAGCUUACACGCGUGUGCGUAAAUCAAGCGGAAUACGAGCCUGUGUGUGUGCGGGAAGCCUCAGGUGAGACCGAAGUGGUUCCCGAUUAAGUGCAGUGAGAAAGAGUUGAUUUAUCGGGCCGAAAACAAGGAGUAGUGCAUACCGCGAGUCGGUAAUAGCCGAGCUUUAUGUGUGCGUGCGGAGAGGGGGUGGGCCGGGCGGGCGGCUAGAGGCCCAGGGGGACCGCCCAGCGCGCCGCGCCGCCACCUGGUCUGGGUCCCUUCGACCCUUCGGGAAUGACUAAUAUGUUGGCCCUCUGCUGGUGGUGCUCCUGUCUCGUUCUGGCCCUCGUACGCGCCGAUGACGCCCUGGACUUCCAGAAAACACUUCCAGCAAUCGUAGCUUGGGCGGUGCAAGGUGGUGAGGCAAGACUCCCGUGUGACGUUUCCGGCGACCGGGUGAAUAUGGUUCUCUGGUUCAAGGACUCGACCGGAAUUCCUUUGUACAGUUUGGACGCGCGAGGAGGCAACGUUCGUCAAGCGACUCAUUGGGCUGUGAGUGGGGAUUUGGGCGAGAGGUGUUCCUCGGCCAUGGGAACAGAGGACCGUGAGGCUAUUCUCACCAUCAAGAACGUCAACUAUGAUGAUCAAGGAAUUUACAGAUGUAGAGUUGACUUCAUGGAUUCACCUACGAAAAACUACAGAGUCAAUUUAACUUUAGCAGUGCCGCCUUCUACGCCUGUGAUAAUGGAUAUGCAAGGCAAACAGAUGGAUGCUAUCGCGGGACCUUACUUCGAAGGCUACGAUCUUCACCUUACUUGUCUUGUCACUGGAGGAGAGCCAAGGCCAACUGUCCGCUGGUGGCUAGGAAAUACUAUGUUAGAUAGCAUUAGUGACAAAAUUUCAGAAUCAACUGUGAUAAAUAGGCUUUUUAUAAAUAAUGUGGCGCGAUCCAUGCUUGGGCAGCAGCUUGAAUGUCACGCACAAUCACUGGAGGGAGCUCCACCAUUAGUUACGAAAGUAUCCCUAGAAAUUUAUCUGAAACCGCUGCACGUAACAAUUCUAAGCGGGAACGAAAUGCUCUCUGCAGAGAAAUCAAAGCAAAUCAUUUGCGAGACUGCUGGAUCACACCCAACAGCGAAAAUUACGUGGCUUCUGGACGGCAAACCAAUCAAGCAUGAUGCAAAAAUGGUAGCUGAUGGCGUCAAUAGCACGAUGGGGACAUUGACCUUCCGUCCCGAGGUAGACGACGAUGGCAAGGAGCUCGUUUGCAAGGCUGAGAAUCCGAAAUAUCCAGGAGCUGUUAUCGAGGCGAAAACAAUUAUACGCGUGGCCUAUGCUCCAACCGUCUCCGUGUCUGUGGGAUCAGAUGUUCCUUUGGACCAGUUACAAGAAGGAAGUGGUGUUCAGUUUACUUGUGAGGUGCAUUCUAAUCCUCCUCCUGACCGAAUCACAUGGUUUCAUGGGAACAAAGUGAUCGAGGGUAGCACGGAUCGAAUACUCUUAUUAACGUCCUUGACGAGGGAGCUGGCUGGUGACUAUUCAUGCCUUGCGAGCAACAAAGAAGGUGCAUCAAAAAGCACCCCAGUGCGAGUGACUGUCAGACAUCCUCCAGUGUGCCGGUCGGGCUUCGAGCGACGGACGGUGGGCGCGAUGCUGCACGAGAUGGUGGAGGUUCGCUGCGAGGUGGAGGCCUGGCCGCAGGACGACCUCGAGUUCUUCUGGCAGUUCAACCUGACCGACGGCAACAGCCAGGUCUCCCGCUCCCGCAUGUCCACCGACGGCCCGACCAGCGUCCUCCACUACCGCCCGGCCGACGCCCACGACUUCGGCAACUUCUCCUGCCGGGCCUCCAACGCCCUCGGCAUGCAGUCCGAGCCCUGUCAUAUCACCGUCACCCAGAUCGGCACCCCGGAGCCGCCGAGACAUUGCGAGCUGACCAACACGAGCUCCUACGGGGACCUGAUGAUCCACUGCGAGGCCGGUUUCGACGGCGGGCUGAAGCAGCACUUCCUCCUGGUGGUCCUGGAGGCGGGUGCCACGUCCGGCCACAUAACCUCCAACGAAGUCUCGGAGCCGCAAGACGAGGGAAAGCGGGCUGUCCACCCGUAUCCGAGCCACGGACACCGCGGGAACGGACACGGACACAGCGCGUCGACGACGGACAGCCACUGGUCCCAACCCGUCUACGAGCUCCGCCAGGAUGUCCCGCAGUUCCAGCUCAACGGGGUGUCGUUCGGGUUCUACGACUUGGCCGUCUACGCGGUCAACGCCAAGGGCAAGAGCCAGCCGCCAAUCGUGUUCCCAAGUGUCGAGAUCUCUGCCAUCACGGCCAAGCUCACGUAUUCUGACAAACGAAUGGCGAAGGUGCUGGCGAUGAUCCAAGAAGUGCCGGUCCUGUACUACGCGGUGUUCACGCUGGUGGCCCUGUUCGCGCUGGCGGCGCUCGUCGCCCUGCUGGCCAUCCGCAAGAGCAAGACCCCGCAGCGGCCCCGCGCCGUCCUGACGACGAACCAGGGGAUCGCGCCGUUCGAGCACGUCUUCAUCGCGGGGCCCCCGCUGGACAAGGGCGGGAACAGCGACAGCGAGCCCGACGACGAGGGGGGCGGCCGCGGCCCCGGUGGAGGCCCCGGAUGAAACAGGAGGAGCUGGAUCAAGAUGCUCGACAUCAACAACUCCGACUACACUCCGCGCCGCUUGUAGUUGUAGAUUGUAGAUUCUAGAGCCCGCUUGGUUCAGCUCCGCAACAUUUUUGGUACAUAUGAUAGUUGCGGCCACAGGCCGCUUUUCGUUCCAUUCCCCGGUGAUUUGGGGAUUUUUUCGGAAAAAUCGAUUGAUCGAAUCGAUUUGAUUCUUUUAAUUCAUCUAUUUAAACUGUGACAAAAAAAUCGAUUUUCCGAAAAAUAUAUUUAAAACAAUCGGAAAUUGCGAAGAUUGUAGAUUCUAGAGCCCGCUUGGUUCAGCUCCGCAACAUUUUUGGUAUAUACAUAUAAUAGUUGCCCCCACAGGCCGCUUUUCGGUCCAUUGCCCUGUGAUUUGGGAAUUUUUCCGGAAUUGAUUCAAUCGAUUCGAAUCGAGAAUCAGAUUCAUCGAUUUGAACCGUGACAAAAAAUCGAUUUCCCGAAAAAUAUAUUUGAAUCAGUGAGAACGAAAACACUUCAACUCGGAAAAAUAAAAAUAAUCAAGACACACAAAAAACUGCACAGUAGACGGAGAAGAUAGUCUUAAAAAAAGAUUUUUGCUGCCGAAAGACAAGUGCUUAUGGACACUUUAAGGGUCCCAGUUGGGACAGAUGCGCUAACUUCAAUGAUCUUAUGUAAAUUUUGUGGAAAAUUAUGUAAAACUUUAAUGGAAAUUGAGCAUUUUCGUGUUACCGAGUUGAAGUGUUUUCGUUCUCACUGAUUCAUUUAAUGUAAUCGGAAAUUGCGAAGAUUUUUUGCACUCCUCGAAAAAAUUGCACUCUGAAAAAAAAUCACAUGAAAUUUCCCGGAAGGUUGCUAGGAUUUUGGUCCGAAAAGCUCACGUGCUGAUUUAAUACAUUUGGGUGGCACAAAUCGGAAUUUUUGAUUCUAAGGGGGAAAAAGUCUACUUUUUUGAUCAUCGAACUCAAUCAAAUUGAUGCAAUUUCAUCGAUUUUUCAAAAAAAUCGUCCAAUAAAUCCCAACACUGAUUAUUAUUUGGACUGAUGGACUAUUGGAUGAUGUCCUGGUUUAAUUAUCUUUGAUGUCACCGACAAAGUCAUCUGUGACUUCAUCGGUUAAAUCAUUGAUGCAUGUUGUCAAUGUCCGAAUCAUCGCUGAUGUCAGCAAAUUAGAAGUCAUCGAAUACGUCUCCAGUAAAAUUAUCAGCAGUUAAGUCAUCGCUGACAUCAUCAGUCAAGUCAUGGAUAAUAUCACCAAAUUGUCACCAAGCCAUUGUGAUACCCAUUGUGUGUUUGUGCUUGUGUAUAAUAUUCUUUGAAACCUUGUAUGCGUUUGAUCGAUUCUUUGUCGAAAUUUUUUGCAAUAUCGGCUGUUACAGCAAAUUGAUAUUGGCUUGCUACGAUUUGUACGAUCUAAAGUGGCUCUACUUGAUAUGAUGUCAUCAGCCAUUGGUAAAAGCUAAUUUACAACAAAGCUUUCGAUAGCAAUAAAUUGUGAUGGUACUGAAAUUUCAUCAUUUUGCCGCUUUCUGAUGACCUUAAAUGACGUUUACGACAUUAAGAUUUUCCUAGACACAUCUCCUCUCGUCGUAGGUCCCGAUUCCAUGACUGAGUUUCAGCAACCCGAGGAAACCCUGAAGAAAAAAAAAUGAAUUUCUUUGUAGAUUGUCCAGUUCUGUAAAAGAUCAGAUUACGUUUUAAGUCAUAAGCCACGUUACCUUAGUGCUUUGAAAGCUUUAGCUUUACUCUUAACUCCUUGUCUACUUAAAGUCUGCACUGGCAUUAUUUUAACCUGAUGGAUUUAGGACCUUCAUUAUUUUAAGCUAGACACUGAGCUACGAUGAUUCUCAUUUAUUUUGUACCAUCCAAUAUCCAGUAUUUUCAUCCAUGACUGAGUGGAAAUACGAACCAUUAAAAUUAUCUCUCUUCUCACACUUAUUUCAUUGGAAUAAGUUAAAAUGAAAUAAAAUAUGUUUUUUCUUGUGGCUGAAAAAGCAUGAAAAAAGUUCGAUAAAAGUCACGUUCUUCAGAAGCCAAGUGAAACUAUCUUUUACUUGCUGAUAUCGACGGAUAUCUGUAGUAAAGAUCUUUGAAAAAAGUUUCUUUCCCUGUUCUUUUUAAGAAGAAGUGUAUAGUUUUUUUUUGUUUUUUUUAUGGCAACAUUAUGUCAAACAAGGUUGUAAAUUAUUUUUUGUAGAAGUAUAGGAUAAAAUGUACAAAUUAUUAUUUAUUUUGAUGAGCUGCCUUUGUAGAUACUAAGAAACGUUCCAGGUUGGUACCGAGCCUUUUUAUAAAUAGAUUAGUAAUUUAAGAUUUAUUUUUGUUGUAAAUUUUGAUGAUUGUAAUAAUUUAGUUGCUUCAAUUUGUCAUUUGCCAUUAAAUGCUGUAACAUAGUAAGUGUCGGUGCUCUAUCAUGGGCAAUGUUAUUUUUUUAUUGCUGAUAGGUAUGAAUAUGUUUCUGCAUUGCUUAAUUGUCUUUGGAGCUAAAACAGAUGAGACAUGAAUGCUAAGAUAUGUCAAAGAAUAAAGUUCAAAAUUGGACGCUGUCUUCAAUUAUUUUUCUGGAUUCUAUGAAUGACUACUCAAUCAAAUUUUACAGGGUAGAAAAUAGGUAAUUAAAAUGAAUUUUUCUCAUACCUUUUUGAAUUUAGUUUCGACAGUGAGGCGAUUUUUUUAUUAAGAUACUUUUAUAAGAACAUUAAAUGGAGGCGAACGUAGCCUUUUUACAUGGAAAAUGGGUGGACGUUGUUUCAAAACUAUUGUUGAUGGAUCACACCUCGAUGGCUAAAGUGCAAAACCACGCGACUCCGUUCGCAACUUUCCAGACUUUAAGGCUUUAGACUUUAUGUAUCGUGUGUCAAACUGUUUGACAUAAUUUUUUGAUACCUUCCUCAAUUUUUCUUCUCUGUUUUGGCAGAAUACUCAGUAUGAAUUUCAGGCUAUGAAAUUUGGCUCCUCGGAUAAAUAAAAUAGGAGCUGAAAUUUUGGAACACCACAAUAGAGUUACGUUGUUUCGCACUUUGACCAUCGAUUUGAUUUACGGAGUACAGUUAGAUGUACGUAAACAAAAUCCGCCUAACUGCAUUUUACGUUGCCUAACGCCCUCUCAUAAUUAUCUUUUUAAGAGAAGAAGAAACAAGAUAACUCCUGAAUGUUCCUCAGACUAUGAUGUACAUGCUUGAAAAACAAAUCAAAACUUCGCUUUCAAAAGAAAAAAGGCCAAGUUUGAUCUAGUUAAAAUGUUUCCGAUUAAAUCCGUCAAAAUUACCUUCAGUACAGCAGCGUAUAUUGUGGCAUUCAAUGUUAGAAGUUGUUAAGCAAAAUGACUGUCUACAUACGGGAACAAACUUUGAAAAUAAACAAUUUGGGACUGAAGAAUCAUUUUAAAUGACUGCCUGAUGUUCCUAUAGGCUUCACUUGUAAUUUGUUGCCGAUUUGUGCGCAGUGGAGUCCAAUUAUUCAAGCUUCGAGAGUUAUCAAAGCGUUUUAUUCUAGAAAUAUUCUGGUCAUUGCUUUGAGUAAUUUUUCUUAUUUCUAUGAACAAUCCACAUAUGUUUUGCCAGUUCAAAAGGAAACUGAUGCUUUACAGUUCAUGUCUUACUUUUCUUACCAACAGGCAUCUAUCCCAAAGAAGAAUUAUUUACAUAAAUAAGUGGUAAAGUAAAAUGUGCAUGCUUCGAACUUUAGUACCUAAUCGUGUUUGUAACUGUAAAUAAAGUGUAAAUUGAUUAAACGAA